AUGUGUCCGGUGUCUGCAGACGCCGUCACUCUGGAUUUACUGAAAGAAGCCCGGGAGACGGUGAUGAGCAGCCCGCUGGGCGUCAUCAAAACUCCCAUGAUCCCCUGGGGUCAGACCGCUCUGCCUCCGAGCGCCGCCGGCAACGUCCAGCUCAAACUGGAGAACAUGCAGAGAACCGGCUCUUUUAAAAUCAGGGGGGUGGCCAAUCAGUUCGCCAGGCGACCGAGGGGGGGCUGUUUUGUCACCAUGUCUGCUGGGAACUAUGGGAAGUCUUUUGCGUACGCCUCAAAGCACUACGGGUCGAAGGGAAAGGUGGUCAUGCCAGAAACUGCACCAGAGUCCAGGUCCGUCCUCAUACAGAGGCUGGGGGUGGAGGUGGAGCGAGUCCCUACAUCCUCUCUGAUGGACGUGGUGAACCGCUGCGUGCAGGACGACGACAUGACCUUCCUGCACUCCUACGAUGACCUGGAUCUGAUAGCUGGACACGCCAGCCUGGGCCUGGAGGUGCUGGAGGAGGUGCCGGACGCCGAUGUGGUGGUGGUUUGCUGUGGCGGAGGCGGCCUGCUGGCCGGAGUAGCUGCCGCCAUCAAACUUUCAGGUUGCCACAAAACCAGGAUCUACGGUGUGGAACCAGAAGGAGCCUGCACGAUGCACAGAAGCUUUAUCGAGAAGAAGCCGAUGGGAAUGAACGCCAAGAGCAUCGCCUCCGGCCUCGCACCUCCUUCUGCAGGCCGGCUGCCUUUCGAGCUGUGUCAUCGUUACGUGGAGCGGAUCGUCCUCGUGAGCGAUGAGGAGAUCAAAGUGGCGGUGUCCACCCUCUACCGAGCCGGGCUGGUGGUAGAACCGUCCGGUUCUGCCGCCUUCGCUGCUCUCUUCAACAACAAGAUCCCCGACCUUGAGGGGAAGAAGGUCGUGUGUGUCCUCAGCGGAGGAAACAUCGGGAAAGACGAGCUCGCCAACUUUCCAGACUGA